ACUAUCCAUCAAAUUUGUGCAAAGAAAAGAAAACUAUUUUUGUCGCAUUUUUUUUCCACGUUGUGCUCAAAAGGCGCUGAAAGUGUGCAAGAGGAGGUGACUUUAGGUAGCCUACGACAGCACAUUGUCUCUCAACUCGACGAGGACCGCUGACCUCGAUUUACCUGCUAAGUUGAAGACCAGUGGAGUCCCAGACAGCCGUACAGUGAAGACCUCAGACUUCAGCCUGGAUCCUUCCAGUCCUCCAUCUGUCCAGCUGAUGGCAUGCCGAUUUCCAUCACACCAGAGAGGGAGAGUCUGAAUGGCGCCCUAGACCUUCCCCUGUGCUUCUUGUCUGCAACGCUGCUCGCCUCUCCGUCCACUCCAGGUCUUCUCUGAUCCCACAUCCACCGUCUAUCUCAACAUGGAUACAAACACAGAUGACAUCGAGGGAUGCUACUACAACCGGACCGUUGAUUUUUUCUAUGAGAAGAGUGGCAAGAACAUCAGCGACCACUGGCGCAGCCAUGACUAUGUGAUUGUCAGUCUGGGCAUGACGGUCUGCUUCAUUGUCAUCUUUUCCAACCUUUUGGUCAUGGGCGCCAUUUUUAAAAACAGACGCUUUCACUAUCCCAUCUAUUACCUGCUGGGUAACUUGGCUCUGGCUGACCUCUUCGCAGGUGUCUCCUACCUCCACUUGAUGUUUCAUACCGGUCCGUGGACCAUUAAGCUGUCUCAGCAUCAGUGGUUUGUGCGACAGGGGCUGAUCGACACCAGCCUGAUAGCUUCCGUCCUCAACCUGAUGGCCGUGGCCGUGGAGCGUCACCAAACCAUCUUCAAUAUACAGCUGCACAGUAAGAUGAGCACCCGGUGUGUUUUCAUCAUCAUAAUGUGCAUCUGGCUGGUGGCCAUCGUCAUGGGCCUGGUUCCUACCAUGGGCUGGCACUGCCUGUGCGACCUGGAGAACUGCUCCACCAUGGCGCCGUUGUUCAGCCGCAGCUACCUGGUGUUCUGGGGGGUUCUUAACCUGCUUACCUUCUUCAUCAUGGUGGCUGUCUACACACGGAUCUUUGUCUACGUGAGACACACAAGCAAGCAGAUGUCACAGCACACCACCCAGAUGAGACACAAAGAGACAGUGUUCAACCUGAUGAAGACCGUCUCCAUGAUCCUGGGCUGUUUUGUGUUAUGCUGGACGCCCGGUCUGGUCAUCCUGCUGCUCGACGGUCUGGGCUGUGAAGUGUGUGAGGUGCUGCGCUUCGAGAAGUACUUCUUGGUCCUGGCUGAGAGCAACUCCUUCUUCAACCCCAUCAUCUACUCCUUCAGGGACACUGACAUGAGAAGGACCUUCAAGGAGAUCCUGUGCGGCAAGGUCCCGUGGACCGGAAGUAGAAGGGCGUGACUUCGGCUCUCUAUGCCAUGUGUAGUUCAACUUGUUCGUGACCUCCUACUUCUGAAUGACUAUUACAAGAUCAUCAAGAUACCUAUGGACAUGGGCACGAUAAAAAAACGUUUGGAGAACCACUACUACUGGAAUGCCCAUGAGUGUAUCCAAGACUUCAACACAAUGUUCACAAACUGCUACAUCUACAAGAAGGUCAGCCACUGUCCACAUAAGUUCUAAGUUCUACACUUAGUUUUUUUUCUCUCUAAGUUAGACGUUUUUUUUUCAAUGUUUUUUAUUUAAUUAAAUUUUUUACGCUUUUGACAUUUGUUUUUUCAAAUUUGUAUAGUCGGCAGUAAAAAUUGACCUUAACGUUGAACCCUGGGAUGUAAUAUGGACUGGCGUUAAAAGUUUAACAAUUUCAAGUUUUUGUCGCCUCACAAGCUUCCCUUUUAAUAGCAAAGGUGUUAAUAUGUACAUUAUGACAGGUUGUGAUUAUGUUUGUGACAACUAAAUGGUACUAAUCUAACCAGCCAAGCUUGUAUAUACAGUUCUUAUGUUGUCUGUACUUGUUUUCCCUUUUCAUGAGCUACACCUAGAAUGAAACUUGUAUUGUUAAAUCAAAUCUCGAUUGCUACAGGCCUGUUGCACCAUUGUUGGACAUUUCGCAAUCCUUCCAACAGGUUUAAAGUAGUUGUUGGUAGGGCUGGGUACCGAACUUCCCUCUAAACCGACCGUUAGGGGCCGCAAGUAAUCAGCAACUGCAUUCUGAUACCAAACAAUAUUCAAGUUUUAUCAUAUACAAUUUAGGAUUUUCAACAGAUAAAAGUAGCAAAUCCUCAAAUCUGAGGUGCUAAAAGAAGCAAAUGUAUGGCAAUUUAUGUUUGAUGAAACACUUAAGAAUUGUGAUCAUCAGAAUUUUUUUUUAGAUUAAGUAUUUGUCAAUCAAUUAAUUGAAUCGUUUCAGCACAAAUGCUUUUGAUUUGUAUAAACAUUUCAUCCCCAAAUUAAUUUUUUUAAUUGCUGUUUUUUUUAAAGGUAAAGUUUAUUUUUUUUUUCAUCACUCUGUUUUUUUCGUCACUUGUGUUUUGAAGCGAUCCACAGUGCUCUUCCCCAGCAACCAUCAAGACCUAGCAACCUCACAGCACCACUUCCUCCGAAACCCUCACAUCCUCGCUCCCCUCCCUGCCUCCAUCCUCCUCACCCAAGCUUCAGCCCUGUGUUUUUGAUUCUAUAAUCGCUUUUUUUUUUUAUGUUUCAUUCAUUUCUUUUCCCUUUUUCAUAUUUGAUUGUUUUGAGUUUAUUUUGUUUUCUUUUCCCUUUGCUAUUUUUAUCUUGAUUGAUUUUACCCAGAUCAACCUGUUGGUAUGUUGGCGAGUGAGGCAUUGAGGUCAAUAGAUUUAUCUUGUUCAGAUUAUGGAG